ACGGCGUCAUUUCAAAGCUACAAUCCCACCCCAUUCUUUCCCUCCCUUCCUCCAUCUCCCGCCUCCCCGUCCGAAAUCCCCAAAUCCGCGGCCGCCGCUGCCAUGCCUCCGCCCCGCCGGAACCCGCUCCUCGUCCUCCCCGCCGUCCUCGUCCUCCUCGUCACCUCCGCCGCCGCCCUCUCCGUCUCCACCCCCGUCGAGCUCACAGUCACCUCGCACCCGCCGGCCUUCGUCCGCCUCCCUACCGCGCGAUCCAUCUCCGUUGGCGAUGGCGGCGCAGCCGGCGGGCCCUACUGCACGCGCGUCCUCCUCCGCGGCCGCCCCUCCCGGCUCCGCGACCCGUCGCGCUUCUUCCACGCGCUUCGCCUUCGAGCCAACGCCACCCGCCCCCACGGCCUCGAGCUCUGCUUCCACCGGAAUGCCACAGUGGGGCCGUGCAAGUGCGCGGCAUCUCAGUGGCAGAAGAUGCCCAAGAGCGGGCUCUGGGUGCAAGCCAUCUCUCCCUAUGACCAACGGAUUUUGGAUUUCAGAAUGCCGGCUGACCCUUCAAGGUCUGUUGUGGUGUCCACUGAGGAAGAGUUCUUGAUCCAUAGGGUGGUGUUCUUGGUGCUGGGGUUGGUGCUGAUGAUGGUGGCACACGCAUUGAGUGAGUCUGUGGUGUUCUACUACGGUGGAGCGAUGACGAUCGGCAUUUUCCUUGUGAUACUGAUUAUACUCUUCCAGGGAAUGAAGCUUUUACCCACUGGUAGAAAGAGUUCUCUUGCUAUUUUUACCUACUCCACAGUUGUUGGCAUGACGACUUAUUUUCUGCACUAUUUGUCGGGUCUGUUGCGCUCAGUUCUUGUGGAAAUUGGAAUUACUGAAGACAUGCAUAAUCCUCUAGGAAUAUUCCUUCUUGUAUUGGUCAUCUUAGCUGGAGCCUGGUUUGGUUACUGGGGUGUCCGUAAACUUGUCCUAACAGAAGAUGGAUCUGUUGACGUGGGUGUGGCUUUUUUUGUUGAGUGGGCUAUCUUGAUUGUUUCAGCUGUUAUGAUCCUUCAGAGUUCUCUGGACUAUCUCUUUGCAUUUGCAGCUUUGGUCUUUUGUGUAGUCAUCAAAGCAAUUGCAAGAGUUGAGGGGAAGUCAAGAAUUUUACGCUAUCUAUCACAGGGACUUCCUAGUGCAACUGUGACACAUUCCUCCCAUUAUGGAGAUUUAAGUGAAGACUAUUCUAGCAUGAAUGGGGCCCACCAAGAUGGAUUUGGCAAGCUCCAAGGUCACCUGCGACGUAGGCCGAGAAAAAACUCACCUCUUGCUGGCUCAGCAAAGACACAGUCACAUGGUGUUGCAAUGGACAACUACUAUUCGACAUAUCAUACUACCCCAGAUAGGAGGAAAUUAUCGGAAGAGGAAUACAAAGCAUUCACCAGAGAGGAGACAAGGAAAGCCAUGAAACAACUUGUGUCCUCACCGGAUUUCAACAAGUGGGCGUUGGCUAAUGCAGACAGGAUAUCUGUGACUCCCCCGGGAGGCAGCUACAGCAGCAGCAGCAGCAGUCGCCAGCAGCGGCAUGGUUUCUUUGGAUUGUUUUGAGUAAUGCAUGUAGUGUGCUUGCAGUUAUAGGAGUGAUUCCAUAUGUAUCAAGGAUAGGAUAGCAGUUGAGUGCUGCCACGUUUUGAAGUGGCAGCAAAUUUGUAGAAUAUUGUGUAGUUUAGUCACCACUUAGCUCCAAACGGCUAGUGUAUCAUGUAACAUUUAGUGCUACGGUGAAUGAACCUUGAGUUGCCUUGAGUUGUAUUACAUCUGUAGUCGACCAUCAGUACGGAUACAAGGGUAGUAUGAAAAAAAAUCAGGUAUUUCUAUGCUUGCACAAAAUCGUUUUUAGUCUUAUAAGCAGUUGGAUUUUGGAUUUGCAAUUAGAUCAUGGGAAGAAAACUACUUCCACUGAUGUCUGUAAAUUUAAUAAUCUGUUCAGGAUAUCAGAGGUUGCCUAUUUAUGGAUGAGAACGGAUGAUCAA